AAAGCAACUCAAAAGCAGGUAAAAUUUUAUCACUUGAGUAGUAUCCACGUUUACUAACAGCCUAAAUCAACGAAAUACAACAAAACUUUGUAGUUUAACGUCUGGUGCUGCAAAAAUGCAAGCUGCAAGACUAUUCCGUCAAAUCGGGGCGAAAAUCCCUCGCCGGUCUUACGCAUCGAAGGAUAUUUUCCCCCCGACAACAAUGAACGACUUACCAACCCCCAAAGGUGACUGGAAGACAAACUAUGACCAACAACAACGAAAACACAACAGAGAUCUGAUCCUUGGAGUGGUCACACUUGGGGCAACCCUCGUCUACGGCUACGUGAACGGAUACUACGAGUUUUACAACAAUAUCCCAGACCUCCCGGACACCCCCCCGAAUUACCGAGUUGAGAAUUAAACGUAAUUCUGUGUAAUUAUAGUAAUAAAGUAUUACCUGGUA